AUGGCUACAACAGCUGCUCCUAACGUGAUUUUAUCUAAGCGAGCCACCUUGCUGCAUGCUACUGGAAAACAUGCAGAUCUAUAUGGCAAAGGAGCUGAAUUUCCAGUUGACCCGAGCAAUGAAUCAGUCUAUGAACUUAUUCCAAAAGAAUAUGUCGCACCACCAAAAAAUGCUCGCCAUCGUUCUCUCUAUGCAAACCAGGCAAGAGGGGAACAUAAUAGCGGUCGCAAACAGGCUGCAUCAAUGGGUCCUGCCAAAGUUCAGGUCAAUGAUACAUCCGACUUUCUUAAAAAAGGAGAUGGUUUAAAAAAAAUCGUUUCUGUCCGGCCAAGUCGUCCCGAUCGAACUGUUCGCAAAGCACCUGUUCCAAAAGAAAAGGAGGAUCCCAUUCCACCUUCCAAAAAGGAUUUUGUAAAACAAAAUGCUUUGGAUAAUAUCAAUUCCAUGGCCAGAAAAAAUGAAAAGGCUGUGCCGUGCUACACUGCUAAAAAAGAUUAUGGUCGAGCACCAGAUUAUCUGAAGCGCCGUAACACGGAGCUAAAGGAAAGGGAGUUUCAUCAAGCUCAAGCAAUGGCCGAAACGAAAUCGUCUAGAGGUGCACAUGAUGGAAUUGUACAAUUGCCUGAUGAAGAACGUGCCAAGAUCUUGGAUGGCCUGCAGGCUAACUGGAUGAAGCUUAAUUCGGACUACCAGAGAUUAAGCCUGACUGUUGAUACCGUUCCAAAAAUUUCCAGAAAGGUAAACAUGGAGCAGCAACUUAAACAGUACGAGGAGCUCAUUGAACGAUUUUCACAUACAAAUAUUCAUGUCAACUUCAAUGCGCUGUAUAAUUGA